CAGGAAUACUCCCCCGGCUACAAGAGGCGCAGGACUGUGGAAGACUUCAACAAAUUCUGCACCUUUGUUUUGGCCUAUGCUGGCUACAUCCCCUAUCCGAAGGAGGAACUCCCUUUGAGGAGCAGCCCCAGCCCUGCCAACAGCACUGCUGGUACCAUUGACAGCGAUGGCUGGGACGCGAGCUUCAGUGAUAUUGCAUCCUCGGUGCCCUUGCCAGUCUCUGACCGCUGCUUUAGCCACCUGCAGCCCACCCUCUUGCAGAGAGCCAAGCCCAGUAACUUCCUGCUCGACAGAAAGAAAACAGACAAGCUGAAGAAGAAGAAGAAGAGGAAGCGAAGGGACAGUGAUGUGUCCGGGAAGGAGGGGUACAGGGGGGGCUUGCUGAAGCUGGAAGCCGCUGAUCCAUACGGAGAGACCCCCACGAGCCCCACCCUGCAGGAUAUCCCCCAGGCCCCCAGCGACGCGUGCUCGGGCUGGGACUCCGACACUCCCUCGAGUGGAUCUUGUGCCACCGUGUCACCUGAUCAGGUCAAAGAAAUAAAAACUGAAGGCAAACGGACUAUUGUCCGGCAGGGAAAGCAGGUGGUGUUCCGAGACGAGGACAGCACUGGCAAUGAUGAGGACAUAAUGGUGGAUUCAGAUGACGAUUCCUGGGACCUUGUCACCUGCUUCUGCAUGAAGCCAUUUGCUGGCCGCCCCAUGAUAGAGUGUAAUGAGUGCCACACCUGGAUUCACCUGUCCUGUGCAAAAAUCCGGAAAUCCAACGUUCCGGAAGUGUUUGUCUGCCAAAAGUGCCGGGACUCCAAGUUUGACAUCCGCCGUUCCAACCGUUCCCGAAUGGGCUCCCGGAAGCUGUUUCUGGACUGACUGCUGGCCGGCGAGGAGACUGUGGGCGAGGAAUCGGAAGGGACGGUGGGCUAUUUGGUCCCUCUCUUAGUUGAGCACAGAACUCUCAGCUCUGGUGCGGGCAGAACCCUGCCAUUCAGGUGCCUAAGCGAAGGACAGGCUGUCCGAGGUAGAAACUGUACAUAGCCAGUGACUGAAUAAAAUCUCUGUUGGCCAAAGCUGCUGCGAGAGCUCUGUUCUCUGCAGUGGAGGUGGACUAAACACCCAAGUACAGUGGGUUUGGUUCAGCUGAAACUGAGGGCACAUGGUAGUUGUGAAUUUUUGCUAUCGUUAACAAAUUCCCGCCAAUUGGAACAAGUGCUAGCUGUUAUUCCUGCUUCCACUGUGUUGGGGAGAGGAGAUGUUCGGUUUCCCCGGCCUGUUAAUGAACAGCCAUAUGUGUAUGCUUUUUCUUGUGUGUAAGUGUUUUACCAAAAGUGUCUGUACAGCAGCCAUCAAAGUUGCCCCUACCUGAGUGGCCCGCCCCUCUCUCUCUGCCUCCCUUGCUUCCAGUCAGUUGUAGGAGCUGCGGGCUGGAGUCCUCGCGAGCCCCAGAGGGCAGGCUAGCUAGUGAUUCUUAGGUUUUCUUCUGUUUAUUAAAAGGGACAGUAUGUGGCCACUUCUCUGUGGAAAGGGGGUUGGUUGGGGGGUUGAGGUGGCCUGUGUUCAUAACUCAGUUUCCUGUUUUGCACGAUGUAAAAAAACCUGUCUUUUUUGCACGA